CUGCCUCCUAAAUGCUGGGAUUAAAGGCAUGCACCACCAUGCCCAGCCAGUUUUGUUUUUUGACCCAUUUUGUUUAAUCAGGACCAUCUGUGUGACCACUGGAUUGGAUGCCCUCAUUGGAGCCUGGUGGGGUCAUCAGUGGGUACACAAAAUUUUCAAAUCUUCAACCAGGAAAUAGUGUUCAACUUAUACUUCCAAAUUUAAUGAGCAUUAUAAUUUUAUGAGCAAGCCAUUGACUGUAUGCAAGACCACAUUACAAACUGAGCCAUAAGUUCAUUUAAGGGCCUCAAAUUCCUUAUAGCAGUUAUGUGACAGGCACUGUUGGGGCCCUCCACAUGUAUUAACUCAUCUAAUUCCCAUGACAGUCCUGUGGCCUAGAGACUGUUACCAUGUUACUGUACCAAUAAGAAAAUGGAAGCCGAGGGAGGGUAAUUUACCUGGAGCCAGAGAGCACUUAGCAAAGAUGGGCUUCAUGUCCUUCCUCUCAACCACUUGCAAGGCUAAGGAGAAAUUAAACCACUUGAAUGUCUACUCCUUGCUUUUUCCUUCUCACUAACCCUGAAACUGGAGCCACAUAGCCAAGUGCCUCUGCCCUCCUAAGUCCGGAAAGCCCUAGGCUGUGAUGGUCUUGGAUGUGACUUGAGAAAUGCUUCGGUCCCCGCAGUUACAAACUUUGGCGGCCAAUGAACGCCCGUAACCCGAAGGGCUCAAAGCUGAGCGGUGGGCGGAGCUUGCGAGGGGCGGGACAAACCAGUCGCGGUGCCUACAGUUGCGGCUUGGGCUGGGCUGUCCCAAGAGGAGCCAUGAGCUGGAUCUGCCCGCAGUGCCAGCAACCGGUUUACUUCGCUGAGAAAGUGAGCUCCCUGGGCAAGAACUGGCACCGAUUCUGCCUGAAAUGUGAGCGCUGCCACAGCAUCUUGUCCCCUGGCGGGCAUGCAGAGCACAACGGGAGGCCAUACUGCCACAAGCCUUGCUAUGGGGCUCUCUUUGGACCCAGAGGGGUGAACAUUGGUGGUGUGGGCUAUCUCUACACCUCCCACAAGCUCUCCCCUGUCAGAAGCACUUCCUUCAACCCCAGCAACUUCAGCCCCCCCAGGCCAAGGUCUGGCCUCCCCCAUGCCAAGAAAAGCCCUUCCUACACGAAGACAUUCACUGGGGAGACCUCACUGUGCCCUGGCUGUGGAGAUCCUGUCUAUUUUGCUGAGAAGGUGAUGUCACUGGGCAGAAAUUGGCACCGACCCUGCCUGAGGUGCCAGCGUUGCAGGAAGACCCUGACUGCUGGGAGUCAUGCGGAGCAUGAUGGAGUCCCCUACUGCCACAUCCCCUGCUAUGGCUACCUGUUUGGCCCCAAAGGUGGGCAGCCCCACCCCAGCCCCACACUGUGGGAAUGUGUGGACAACUUCCUUUGUGGUCAAACAUAUCCCAGGCCCCUCCCCACUCCCUUCACCCUCAACCCAACAACCUUCCCUCCAAAGCCCUUGGUGAUAGGGCUUUCUCCUUCAGGUGUGAACAUUGGCAAUGUGGGCUGCUACAUCUAUGACCCAGUGGAGAUAAAAUCCAAAUGAGUCACUCACAGGAGAGAUCACCCUGACUCGGGCUCCCCGCCCUCUCCCCUCCAAGCUCUGGAAUUCCCUAGUCCCUUGGGCAGGGGGAUUCUGGGGCCUGGGCCUAGGCUCUGGGGUAGGCCAGAGAGUCUAGACUUUCUCUGCCAAGUCUUCCCUUUCCCAUUCCUACGUGGUUAGGCCACCCCACUUUGAAUGGUGAUCUCCAGGCUUCCCAGUUCCCUUUGCUUGUUUAUUCAGCCUCAGCUCUCUGGUUUCUCUAAUAAAAUGUUGGCUCCCA